AUGAGUGGGGAAGUUGAGAUUUUAUCUCCAGAGGAAAUACUCACCAAGCUUCAGAGUAUAGCAUCUUCAUCCUCUGUUGUCAUGUCACAUAUUGGCCUUAUAACUAUUCCUCAAAUCAUUGUUUUUUGCCGUAAUAUUACUACAUUAGAUUUAUCAUCGAAUCCAAUUAGCUCACUAGAUCCAUUAUGGAAUGGAGAACUGAUUAAUUUACACAAACUUAAUCUUUCUGCAUGCUGGCUCACAGGUAUUCCUUACGGACCACCCGUAUUUUCAAGCACAUUGAGUGAAUUGUAUCUCGAUGGUAAUUUUCUUUCAAGGAAUCCUCCGAAUUUUACAAUAUUUCCACAUUUAAAGAAACUUUCAAUAAUUGGAAAUGAUUUUAUUGAAAUUCCUCCACUACCUCAUUCAUUAGAGUCAUUAGUUUACAGAAUGAAUUCACUUUCAUACAUUCCAGAUUGCUCAAUUAACUAUUUAGACGCAUCAUAUUGUUCAACUCCAAAUAAAAUCAAUUUUAGAUCUAAACAGCUUUCGUUCUUAGAUCUAUCACACGGUACACUAUGUGGAGAUAUCGUUUUACAGUCAUUACCUCUACUUUCUCAGUUAAAUUUAUCUCAUAAUUCGAUAACUUCAAUUACAUUCGAAGGAUCAAGGAGAUUAACAGAAGUUGACAUCUCUUACAAUGCUUUGGAAGAAAUUCCAGAGGCUCUUUUCAGUUUACAAAUGCUCAGAAUCUUAAAAUUACAACACAACGUAAUUUCAGAGAUAAAUCCAAAGAUUUCAUCAAUGAGGAGAUUAGAGUACUUAGAUUUAUCACAUAACUCCAUAUUUACAGGCAAAAUAAGGCUUCCAGACAGAUCAAGACAAUUAUUCAUUUCAUUUAACAUAUUUUUAGCUUUUUCAUCAUUCCCAUUAUCUCUAGAGACAUUCGAUGCUUCAUUCUGUCAAUGCUUAGUCAUCCCUGCUUCAAUCCAUAAAAUGAAAUCAUUGUCACUUUUCUUUGUAAACAAAAUUUUCUUUUCUCAGGCACUUUUAUCAAUCAAAUACACCUCAACAGAAGAAGACGUCCCAGAGGAAGAAGUACCAGAGAGAUUGAUACCUAUUAUUGCUCCACAAGUUCCAGAAAAACCUUUGUUAAAUGAUUCUUUGGGUUCAGGAAUUGGUUGUUCAGCAACUUUGGGAAGAUCAACGAAAUUCGAGGACAAUUUCAUGUGUUUGAAGCAGGAUAAUGUUUUGUUCGUUGGAGUGUUCGAUGGACACGCUGGUCAUGAAUCUGCUUUGAUUUCUGCAGAAUGUUUUACAAAAAUUUUGCCUUCUUUUGACUUCACAAAUGCAAUUCAUCAAAAAAAUCCAGAGAAAGAUGAGGAAAACAUUCAAAAAUUCGAUUUCCCGAAAGUAGAAAACCAUUUAUCCCCAAGAAGAAACCAUUUCAGAAACGUAAAAACCCAAGAAAAUCAAAUCUUUGGUUCACAAAAAAUUGAGACAAAAAAUAUCAAAAAUACUCAAAAAAUUGAAUUGAAAAAUUCAGAAAAAAUUGAAUUAGAAAAUUCAAAGGGUUCUGAAAAUUUGAAUACAAAACUUAUCAAAACGUAUUUGAGAAUGGCAUUUGCACAAGUAAAUGAUGAACUCAGGAACAGAAAAGUUAAAGAUGGAACAACAGCUGUAGUUGUAUGUUUGUUUGAAAAUAGAAAAGGAGCUGUUGCACAUGUUGGCGACAGUUUGGCAUUGUUAGUUGGUCAAACAACUUCCAAACUAUUGACUAAGAUGCAUAGACCGAGUGAUAAAGAUGAAUUCUACAGGAUGAGGAAAAGAAACAAAUCUGUUUCUUCUGAUUGGAAAGUUGACGGAAAACUUUCUGUUUCAAGGUCUUUGGGUGAUUUCUGGUGUUGCGGCGGAAUGUUUGAUGAUGCAGAUGUUUCAUUCUUUGAUUUGAAUGAUGAUGCACUUUCCAUUGUUUUGGGUUGCGAUGGAUUAUGGGAUUAUGUUGAUGAAGGAACAGUUUGUAACGUUGUCAGAGAGUUACGAGACCCAGUUAAAGCAGCAAAAUUACUCCAGGAUAUUGCUUUCGCUUCUGGUUCUCAUGACUCAAUAUCUGUUAUUGUUGUUAACGUAGAACCAACCAAUAUAUAA